UAGAGGUGUUAGUAGUCCGUGGAGUUGUCGGUGAUCUGUGUGAUAUUACAAGGUGGUGAGAAGAAGUUGGUCAUUGUUGUGAAGUUUUGAAACGUUUGUGUACGUAUUGCGUACUUUCGUUAUUAGGCACCUGGAAAGUUUUCUGGCAUGGGUUCGACGAAGAAGCACAAGAUUCGAGAAUCUAAGAAAAGGAAGUACCGCAGCAGGAGUAACUCCCGGUCCCCUGAACGGAGCAAACAUCGACACCACAAAAAGCAUCAUAAAGAUAGGAAGAAAGAGAAGAUAAUAAAGGAUAAAAAUGGGGAACUUAUACCUAAAUACGACAAUUAUGAUAGUGAAGAUGACGUUGUUGUGGUACCCCCACCCCCCAAAAUCUCUCGACCAUCAACACCACCUCCACCUGCAAUAUCGAUUGGUGAGAGCCCCGCACCACCUGUCAGCUCAAAAUCUAACCAGUCUUUGUCCAUUGAAGAAACAAACAAGUUGCGGGCCCGACUUGGACUUAAGCCACUUCGAAUUGAGGACAUUCCAGCAUUUAAAGAAGAUGGCCCAGAAAAGAAAAAGGAGGUCGAGAAGGAAGGUGGUACUGACAUGGGAGAAUUUGUUCACAAACCAGCCGAGAAUAUAUCUCAGAAGAUUCAAAGUGAGAAAGUGAAGCAAAGAUUAACGGAACAUAAGGAAAAGAGACAAAUUGAAUCAAAAUUAUCUCAUGUUACUCCAUUGGGUGAGUCAGAUGAAGAGGAUGACUCAGCUCAAGCUUGGGUGGCUCGGAGUCGCAGAGUACAAGAGGAAAGGGCGCAGGCUGAGAAACAGGCAAAAGCCCUUGAGGAGCUGGAUGCAGAGUUUGGCGUGGGUGACCUGGUGGAGGAUGAGAUGAGGAAUGAACGCAGACAGGCGUAUUCAUCCCGAGAUCUGAAAGGCCUCAGAGUGGAACAUGCAGUUGAUCGAUUCUCUGAAGGGAAGACUGUGAUAUUAACACUGAAAGAUCAGGGAGUAUUGGAAGAAGGUGAUGAUGUCCUUGUGAAUGUCAACAUGAUGGAUGAUGAACGGUACAGAAAGAACAUAGAAAAGAAGAAACUGAAGCCUAGCUUACAUGGUUACGAUGUCUACAGAGAAGAUGAUGAGUUUGAAGACAAACCAUCCAUAUUAAGUAAAUAUGAUGAGGAGAUACAGGGUGAAAAGACGUCAAGCUUUGCCUUGGGCGAAGAGAUGUCAGAAGCUGCGAAACAUCGGAACUUGCAGGCUGUGAGAGAGAAACUCCGUGGAAAGACACUCGUCUCUCUAGAUCUUCCUGCCCCUCAGUUGGCUGCAGAAUAUUACACAGAGGAAGAAAUGUCAGUUAAGUUCAAGAAGCCCAAGAAGAAGGUACGGAAGAUUCGGCGUAAACCUUUGAAAGCUGAAGAUAUAGAACCGGAUAGUCAGGGGGCUCAUGAUCUUGGGUCUCGCUCCAUUAGGGGAAGUCAACAUGCUGCAGGUGGCGAUCCAAAUGAAAUGGAGAAUGUUAAAGUGAAACAAGAAAUUGAUGAUGAUACUAUGGAAACUGAGGAUGUUCCAGUGCCAGAAGAGAUAUUGUCCAACAUCAAGAUUGAGCCCGACGACAGCGAACUGGAGCUACAGAUAGCCCUCAAGAAAGCACGGAGACUGAAGCUGCAGGAAGCUGUUAAAGAAUCAAAGAACAGUAUAGAAAAGGUGGCAGAGUCAGUGCUGGAGAGAAACUCAGAAGGAAACGCGGAAGGUGGUUCCAUUGUGCUGAAUGCUACCGCAGAAUUCUGCCGCACACUGGGUGACAUCCCCACUUAUGGUCUGGCUGGCAACAGGGAUGAGGACGCUCAGGAACUUCUUGACUUUGAGAGGGAAAUGAUUGAAGAGAAGAAACGUCAGGAAGAAGAAGGCAAACGUGGAGCUUGGAAUGAAGUUGAGAUUGAUGAGACUCCAGUCGACAUGCUGCCAGCUGAAGUGCCGAUCUUGGACGUGGAACCUGAUGUAGGUGUAGGAGUUGCAGGGGCCCUCCGUCUGGCAGUCAGUAAGGGUUAUCUGGAGCGUGAGGAUAUGAAUAAGCCCUCAGCUUCACGUUUUGCUCAUCUACAAGCUCAGAACUACUCAAUUGAGGAUAAGACACACAUAGAUGAUGAAAAGUUUGGGCGUCGCGAGCGCUACAGUGGUCCAACCUCAGACUUCAAAGAGAAGGAGAGUUACAAGCCAAAUGUUAAACUUGACUACAUAGAUGAUGAUGGACAUGUUCUUAAUGCAAAGGAGGCUUUCAGAUACCUGUCUCAUAAGUUUCAUGGAAAGGGACCUGGGAAAAAUAAAGUGGAGAAACGAAUGAAGAAGAAUGAACAGGAAGGAUUGAUGAAACAGAUGAGCUCAACAGACACCCCACUUGGAACGCUUAGCCUCUUGCAGCAGAAGCAGAAAGAAACACAAUCUCCAUUUGUGGUCCUUAGUGGCAGUAAACAAACGGCAACCAUCUCGAAAACAAAACUUUAAAUUCUUCAUGAAAUACGCUGGCACCAACUCUGAACUUUGGCACCAACUCAUGUUUUUAUUGUUUCUUAUUGUCUGGAAUAUCAUCUCUAUUUUAAAUAAGACACAGCUUGCAGCUGCCGACAGUGCCCAUGUGUAUUGGAAGGAAGGUCACAGAUUUCAUGUCACAUUGAAAUGAGUACAGUGGUUCUCCUGGUUCCUUAGGUUACCUGUUGGCACCUGUAAGCUGAAAAGUACAAUUUCUAGUGAUUAGUUGCUUGCUUAUAGGACUUGAGCCAGAUGAACAGCCUCUGAGCUAAAUCAGACAUGAAGUAAUUAUAUUUGGUUUUUCGUGAUUGCAGUAGCAAUAUUGUACACCCCCCAUCCAUGUUGCAUUCAACCCUGAAAAUUGGUCACUAAACAGUGAUGUGUAUCCUUCCAAGAGAAGAAGGAAACCCUCAUUCAGUGGUAGGCCAGUAUGAAAAGCUGUAAAAUUAUACAAGCAACAGAAUUAGAAGAUGUACAGUCUACUGCAAAUCAUUGUAAGGCACCACUGAUAUAUUACUGAAACACAUGUAAAAUUAUAUGAGGGUAAGUCAAUAAGCAAGUUACAAAUGGAUAUAGAACUUAAACAAAUAAGAGUACUG